GGGUGUUUUUUAUUUUGGUAGGCAGCAGGGGCGGGAAAAAGACGCGGACUGCAGCGUAGAGGGCAAGAUGGAAAAGAACGGGAUGGUCGUCCCUACAGGAUUUCCUGAAUUGAAAAAUGAUGUGUUCUUGCGAGCAGCACGAGGAGAAGAGACAAAAUACACUCCUGUUUGGUGCAUGAGACAGGCAGGAAGAUAUCUGCCAGAAUUCCGUGAGACUCGAGCAGCUCAGGAUUUCUUUGCAACCUGUCGAUCACCAGAGACAUGCUGUGAACUCACUCUGCAACCUCUACGACGCUUUCCUUUUGACGCUGCCAUCAUCUUCUCUGACAUCUUGGUGGUGCCUCAGGCACUGGGCAUGGAAGUGGUAAUGGUGCCAGGAAAAGGCCCCACAUUUCCAGAACCUCUAAAGGAAGUAGAGGAUUUACUGAAGCUUCGGCAGAAGGUUGAUGUGGCAACAGAACUGGGCUACGUCUUCCAGGCAAUCACACUGACACGGCACAGGUUGGAGGGGAAGGUACCCCUGAUUGGCUUCUCCGGUGCCCCAUGGACUUUGAUGGCCUAUAUGAUUGAGGGUGGUGGCUCCAACACAAUGGCCAAAGCCAAGGCUUGGCUCUACCGGCAUCCUGAGGCCAGCUAUCGUCUGCUCACAUUAUUGACUGAUGUUAUUGUGGAAUACCUGGUGAGACAGGUGGCUGCAGGUGCUCAGGCUCUGCAGAUUUUUGAGUCCCACGCAGGACAUCUGGGGCCAGAGCAGUUUGCACAGUUUGCCCUCCCAUUCAUUCGGUCCAUUGCCAAGGGAGUGAAGAAUAAGCUGCGAGAAAAUGCUCUCCCUACGGUGCCAAUGAUUAUCUUUGCCAAAGAUGCACACUAUGCACUGGAGGAUUUGGCACAAUCUGGUUAUGAAGUGGUUAGCCUGGACUGGACCAUAUGUCCCCAAGAUGCUCGUCAGCGGACAGGACAAAAUGUUACCUUACAAGGGAAUUUGGAUCCAUGUGCCCUAUAUGCAUCUAAGGAGAAGAUCGGGGAGCUGGUAAAAAGCAUGUUGGAAGGCUUUGGCUCCCAGCGUUACAUUGCCAACUUGGGUCAUGGCCUCUAUCCUGACAUAAAUCCAGAACACGUAGGGGCUUUUGUGGAUGCUGUGCACAUGCAUUCUUGCAAUUUGAACAAAUGUUCUUAGAGACUUGGAGAAAACUGUCCUUAAGCAAAAAAGAAAAAAGAAAAGAAAUGGAUCAUCUGCUAAGCAAAUGUUACUGUUAUUGAGAGGUAACCUCCUAGAAAGGUUCUCAUUGUAAUAGCUAUAAAGACUGCUGCAGGAACUGGCAAAAGGAACAGGGUAGUGCAGGUUUUUCACAGCAUAUGUUAUCAUCUUCCUCUCAGUUCCUACUGUGAGAACAGUAAAGGAAUAGAAAGUGGAUUCAUUAUGAAACAUGUAUUGCCCCAGGCAUGUACUUUUUAUCCCCAAAUCGCUCCUACUGAUUACAAAGCUAAUCCAAGUGCCUCCGACAAUCAGUGAACACCUUUUAUUAUAACUGAACUUCAUCUGCCCUUCUGUGCAGGAUUUGGCUGUGUCUCAUCUUGCUUCCUACCCAUCUGUUUCUUGCAGCAAUACUUUUUUAUUUUGGUUGUUUUUAAUAUUCAGAAGUGCCACAAGAGUGGUGCUGAUGAUGUGAGAAGAAGUUCAAAGCAUAUGAAAAGCAGGAGACAUACCUCACACAUAUGCCUGAACGGUCUGUUUCUGCAGGUUAAGUACCCUAUGUCUGAGGAAGGAAUAAUCAGCCUCCUUUUAGCUUAUAUGCAAAUAUCUUCUUGAUACCGGAAAAGGAAGAAUAUGGAACUGUAGACUCUCCCUAUUCCCAUCUCAGUAGCAACACAGAUUGCCUUUGGCUAUCCUUUUCAUGAUUUCUGAUUGGCAGCACUACUGGACUGAUACCGAAAGGGCUGGAGUGAUACAAUGAAUGUCUUCCUUUUUUUUUUUUUUAUUAAACAUCAGAUCAAGAAGUUGUACAUACAAAAUAAAGAGACAGAAGAAUGAUACUUUU